GGCAGGAAGUGCAGCUCUGCAGAAAGGCGGCUCGGCUCCCGGGCGGCUCGGCGGCAGGGCGGCUCGGGUGCAGGGCGGCUCGGCUCCCGGGCGGCUCGGCGGCAGGGCGGCUCGAGUGCAGGGCGGCUCGGCUCCCGGGCGGCUCGGCGGCAGGGCGGCUCGGGUGCAGGGCGGCUCGGCUCCCGGGCGGCUCGGCGACAGGGCGGCUCGGGCGCAGGGCGGCUCGGUUCCCGGGCGGCUCGGCUGCACUGCUGCCCGACUGCUGCAGGUGGGGCGGCGGGGCCGCGUGAGAGAACUGGGGCGGGGCCGCGUGAGAGCCGGCGGCAGGGCCGCGUGA